ACAAAAGCGGAUAUCAUCAAGGGGAUUGCUGGUAGCGCUGGAUUGUUUCAUGCGUAUAAUUGAAAAUGCAUCUACGCCUCAAGACAUUGCCGAACGACUAAACAGAGAACAUAUUUUGCCUCGGUUUAGCCCAGCCUCAACAGGUUCGUUGCCUCCAGCUAGACGAGCCGAUGCCAAGGCAGAUGUCGUACUGCAUGAUGAAAACGCAAUGUCCGGUGAUGCAUUUCAUAUACAACAGAAAAAUCAGGGUCUUGGCCAGACUGUCGACAAACUUUCUCAACCGACGCCUUCGAGGACAGGUCGUAAGGUUAGGCCCAAGAGGGUUUCUUCUGGUGGCAAGUCUGAUAAGCAGCAAGUUCAUAUCGAAAGCGACAAGGCUGAAAAACAGCCAGCGGUAGAAAAAAUUAAAUCUCCGUCGUCAGGCUCGAGAACCUCGAAAAGUUCGUUCGAAAUCCAUGCUGUGGAAACCUCUGCGAGGAGUAACGUUGCAGAUAAUUCAGCAGGUUUGACUCCUCCAACGCGCCGACGACCGCAGUCUGAGAGCCCUUUAAGGAGACAGCGGCCCAAAUCUCGAGGGCGUCAGGGCCGACCAGAAAAUAAGCAGCCGUAUAGUUCACCUGUAUUCGAAAGUCCGGACCUUACCUUCCAAAUUGGUGCCCCAUCAGCGUUCAAUGCAACCGUCAUCGACGAAAGCGCGCGUCAAGGCUAUGAGCUGGAGCUGGUCGAACCAGAGGAUAACACGCAGAUAUACGAAGAAAACUUAGAAAAAUUUCUCCAGCAAAAACAACAGAAUACACCAAGGCGAGAGUCUCGAUACGAACCAGUUCUUACCGAUUUUGAGACUCCAGAGAAGAGUCAAUGGAACACAGAAUCGGAGGGAACGCCUAAAGAACGAUUUGGAACAUCACCGAAGCGCUUAGUAGAUGUACCCGAGGGUGAGAGGUCUCCUGAAGCCAGCUUGUCGGGCAUAGCGAUAACCCAGCAAAGCAAAGAGGAUCAAAAACGUGGAGAUUCAAACAGCCCCUUCUCUAAGGAAAAACCACCAGAAGGUGGUACGUCCUCCAAACAGGAUGAACCUUCUCGAAAACAUGGCGAAUUUCCCGAAAGCCAUACCCAAGAAAAGAGAAUUCGUGCUGACUCUUCGAACGAGUCUACAUCAUCCGAAAAAGCAGCUGUCGAAUCAGAAAUUGAGACACACACACAGACAACAAAAAGUCAAAGAGAGUCGCGAGGUCGUCGAAAAGAAAACAAGGAGGCGUUAGGGAAAAAUGCGGCAGGGCGUUCUAUAAGGCCCCCUAAACCUUCACAAGUCAAUUCACUGGGUGAAGAACCUUCUCAGAAACGGCGUAAGAAAUCGACUGAUGCUUUAAAGUCAAACGGAACAGGGGAGAAGCAACCCGAAAAUGCACAGUCAGACAUAACGCAAAAGCCAACAACUACGAAGCGAAAGAAGACCGAAAAUGAAUCAUCAAAAAAAUCAGGUAGGUCAAUAAAAAAGAAAUCCGAAAGGAGCCUCGCAGCUCCAGUGCAGAGUAUAUCGAGGAAAACUCAAACUGAAAAUGAGUCCCCGCAUCCAACAGCAAAGUCGGGUAAGUUGAAAGAAAAUGAAGAACGGGAGCAGUUAUCGGAACCGAUCUUGAAAGCAGAAAGGGCAACCAGCAGCAAAAGUGACGUGCCCGUAUCAGUGCCAAAGGCAAGAACAUCCAAGAAAAAACAAAAUGGUGGAAAAAAACCAGGUACAGCUUCGAAGUCUUCGAAAGCAGCAGAAGCUCGGAAGGAACUUUCAGAUUCGCCAAUGAAAUCAGGCAAGUCAAAAAAACAACCAGCGGAACAAGCCUCAUUUCAGCCCCCAGGAGUGCGCAGGAAGAAAGGCCGCUCGUGUGUAGCAUGUGGGAAAGCUUUAACCUGGAACUACAUAGCCUUAAAUUGUAAUAGUUGCCAGAAAGAACGCUGUCGGCUUUGUUUAGAUUGCCCUUGUCGACAGACUUCAAACGGUCCAAAACGACGUAAAACGAAUGAUGAUCAAGACGAAAGCGAGCCCAACACCUCAGGUGGCACAAGAAAGUCGCGAAAGAAGGGUAGCUCAAUGCAAUCGAAGGCAACCCGAGAUGAGCAAGCACGUGGCAAAAGGAAAGCUCGCGACUGUGUCGUCUGUGCCAGAAACAUGCACUUCAACUAUCGCUCUGUCGCAUGCGACGUCUGCAAAAGGGAGCGGUGCAGGGAUUGUCCUACAUGUGUUUGUGAAAACUCUGACUAGUGUCAGCUUGACAUAAUGAAUACGUCUAAGAAGGACCAAGCGUCAAAAUGAAACCGAUGUGCCACAGGGAUCAAUUUGGCUCCACUAUCGUACGGGGUCUAGCAAUAGAAUUCGACAAUUACUCCUACAAAAUCUAAUACUUAAGGGAUAAAGAAGGAUGAGAGGGCGGGCAAUCAAUUGUUGUACAGUGGCCAGUGGUCAAAUGACGGAUCCUUAAUUGUUAACAAUAAUAACAGUAUCUCUUAAAUAUGGUCGCAUUAUAAUGUUAAUAGAUACCAGCAGUUGUUUGUUUCCGUUGCUGAUUUUUUUCCAAAUCUUAAAAUUCAUUUGUUGCGGCCUUUUUAAAGUUUAAAAAGCUUCUGCUCACAAUGAUGGCUGAGGCAUAUGUUAUGGUUGUCCGUAGAG